AUGAUUGUAUCGCUCGGUGUCCUUACUACAGUGGUGCGUCUAGCGUCCGGUGUCUGUGACUGUGGUUAUUCACUCCAAGGAUUCGAGGGUGAAGGGUUGGUGGUGUUUAUGGAUCGACUAGAGACAAACUUCAGCCAACUUCAAAGCAUCGCCCAGAGCCAUAAUUGGGUCGCUCAAGGAUUUACAGUAUCAGCAGAAGAUGGCCGGGGGAACUACAGCAAGACCUUUGAACCGUCAAACGUUGUCAUUCAAGCAACGCAGCCUCGAGACGAGCCAGGCCAGGAUCCCGGCGUUGAGUUGCAUGUAAGCAGCGUCAUCAGCAAAGACAAUGCAAUUCCAGCCAGCGAGAUAGAUACAACAAGACUCGAUCUUCACUGGGGAUCAUUCCGAGCUGGAAUGAAGUUGACAGACACGGGGGGCACGUGUGCGGCAUUCUUCUGGUACUUCAACGACACCCAAGAGAUCGACGUCGAGUUUCUAUCACGAGAAUUCGAUCACGAUGGUGGUGUCUACCCCAUCAACCUCGUUGUACAGUCCAUGGCAUCUUUAGAGGCCGGUUAUGAUGCCAGCAAGACUGGAAACUUCGAAAGGGUGAACCUGGAAUUUGACCCGACAGAUACCUUCCACGAAUAUCGAUUUGACUACAUUCCUGGCCAUGUUCUAUUCUAUGCCGAUGGAAAACUACUCGCCCGAAUGGAAGGCAGUGAUAUGCCUUCUGCCGGAGGACACCUAAUCCUCCAGCAUUGGAGCAAUGGCAAUCCGUUAUGGUCUGGUGGUCCGCCGACAAAAGAAGCGACAGUUACCGUCAGCUAUGUCAAUGCCUACUUCAACUCAUCGGAUCACGGACGGCAGUCAUAUUUAGAGCGGCAAUGCGACAGAACUUCUAGGAAAGCGUCAGUUUGUGCGAUCCGGAACAUCGCCAAUGCAACGUCCCCUGAGGGAUAUUUGGGUGACAAUGACCAAAAUGAUGCGGCAGAGUCGAAAGCCAUGCCCACAGAACCGUUUCUAGACAUCGUGCUCACCAAUCAUACCGACUCAAAGGCGCUCUUUGCCCAUGUCACAGGCAGAGAUGAGCAAGGCGUGGUGAUGCUUCUCGCAGAUGGAGAGACUGUUCAUCGUCCCAAGUCCCCUUCCGAGAUCCUACAGCCCCUGGACGCAGACAUCGCCAUACCUGUCGGCGGACCUGGAGCUCAAAAGACGGUGCGGAUACCGCACAUCUUCGGGGGCCGGAUCUGGUUCUGCAAGGGAACUCCUCUUACCUUUCUGCUCAAUCCUGGGCCUGCGGUGGUAGAACCAUCUGUCAUGAAUCCGACCGACCCCAACUUUGACGCCGACUGGGGGUUCUGCGAAUUCACCUAUAACAACGAUCAGUUGUACAUCAACGUCUCAUACGUCGACUUUGUGAGCCUGCCAAUUGGUCUUGAACUCGAGAAUGAAGCUGGCCAAGUCACGCAUGUGCCAGGUCUGCCCAAGGACGGGUUGAGCCAAGUCUGCGAGAGAUUGAAACGCCAGGGUGAAAAGGAUGGCGCGGGAUGGGAGAAGCUUGUGGUUAAAUCCAAGUCAGGUUCUAACCUACGCGCCCUGAGUAUCAAUGCCGCCGCAGAACUGCACCCAGGAUUGCUGGAGGACUACUUCGCACCAGAGAUUGAUGCGGCUUGGAAGCGGUACGAGAAUGAGGACAUCGAGAUCAACACUCAGGCUGAAUGGGGAGACGUCAAGGGUCGAGUGCAUCACGGAAAGCUUGUCUUCAAAGAUGUGGGCAAAGAUAAGCUAAAGUUUUCUUUUGAGAAGCCAUCAACCCGGGAUAUUGUAUCAUGCAGCUCCGGGCCGUUUGCGGGAGGGCCGGACGUUACGCCUGCACAGCUCAACGUCGGAGCCCGGCUUGCGGCGGCGCUGAACCGGACCACGCUAUCGGCCAACUGCCGGCAGCCUGAAGGCGAGAAGGUAGAGCAAUAUUAUUGUAACGGGGGGGGACAGGGUAGGACGAAUCACUACUCAAGAAUAUGCCAUGAGGUUACGCUCGAAGGUAAGGGAUACGCGUUUCCGUAUGACGACGUUGGAGCAUCUGGCGGAGUUGAUCAGAGCGGCUUUCUGAACGACGGAAGACCAAAGCUGUUGACCAUCCAUGUCGGCGGGCGAGAUUAG